AUGAUUCUAGAUCGUGUCUUCGUCCACGCCCUUAAUACCGUCAAACGUAUCCCUCGAACCGGUACCGCGCGGCCGCCUGCUACGGAGCGGCUGAAACUCUACGGAUUGUAUAAACAGAGCAUGGAGGGGGAUGUCGAAGGGGUGAUGGACCGGCCGGUAGGGAAUACGGCAGACGUUUAUAUGGAGGACGCCUGGUACGCUCAGCGUGGUUUAUCCCGCACUGAGGCCAAACGGCGGUAUAUCACGACUCUCGUGGAGACAAUGCACACCUACGCUUCGCAGACCGAGGAGGCGCGCGAGCUCGUCGCCGAACUUGAGUUUGUCUGGAAUCAGGUGAAAUCAAAUAUACCUUCGUCGACAUCGAGCCCUGUGCAGUCCACGGGGGUUCCCCCGAUUUCCCAACCGCAAUCGCCGUAUGGAAGUAUAAGCGCGCAAUUAGCACAGAACAAUGAGUAUCAGUAUAAGACAUCUACUGCGCGAGGAGACUCUCGGCUCCGUGUGUUGAGUCCCGUCAGUCAGCCAGAUGAUAUUUAUCAACGGCGUACGGCGCGGAUGGGCUACGAUCGUGAUCAAGGGCUGGAUCAAGGGGGUGACGAUGAAAGUGUGAACUUAGACGAGGACGAAGAGGAGGAAGAAUACGCCGAGGCCCAAGCCAAUCUGUACGAGGACGAUGAUGAAGUGGAAGGUGAAGCAGGCGGCGCGGUCGAUGAAGACGACGACGAUGACCACCAUCAUCACCACCAACAGGUGUACUCGAGUCAUAUCCCGGAUAAUUCUCCAAGCCGGAAACGCGAUCAUGACAUUGAUAGCUGGCGAUGGCGCCGCAGAGUCGAGCAGGCCUUGACCAAAAUGACGGCCGAGAUCGCCGCCGCCCGCGAGCAGAUGGAAGCACGCACCCUGGCAGCCCGUCGAAGAUCAGGCGUCUGGGCUUGGCUUCGGUGGCUGGUAUGGGUCACCCUCCGACAGAUUAUCUGGGAUCUGGCCCUCCUCGGCAUGUUAUUGAUCUGGAUGCGGCUGCGCCAGGAUCGACGGCUCGAGGAGCAGCUUAAGGCUGGGUGGUCGGUUGUGAAGGCGCGGUUAGCAGGACUGAAAGCUUUGCGGGACUUGAGGAAGGUAUAUAUAUUUUCUUGAUUCUUAUUCAUCUUUUACUUUUACUCCCAUCUGGUUUGGUUUCGUUUGUUCUUCACGAGUUCUAUGCACGAUAGUGCUUUCUAUUCUGGUACAUAUUGACUAGAUAGAGGGCUUUCUUUCCUCUUCUCCUUGAUUCCCUUACACGUUUGAGCUUCCUGGAUAAUUCUAUAGAGUUGCAUACGUUGCCUGAUGCAUUUCCUGCUUGCCAGGGGUCGCUUACUCUCAUUUUACUUUUCAUAUGUCAGCGGUGUUGGUUAGAGGCACACUCUUGUAUUCUAGCAUAGAUCCAAGCCCUGGAUUCUUCUUAUGGCACCGCACUGUGCUGUCCACAUGCCGUCUGGCAUAGAUUCUCGGACAUGAAAUAACGACAUUCCUGAUGCUAAUAUGUACAC